AGCCAAUCGUAGCUCUGGAGGCGGAGCCUGUCGGAAUAGAGGUGGGUAGAAUAAAGCUGUAGAACCGCUGCUCGUCUUCAUUCACUUUCUUCGUUUCUCCUCUUCACUUUCCCCCCCCUUUCCCCUCGGCGAAAUAGUUCUUCACUCUUCCAUUUGGUUAUGUAACUGUUGUAAGUACGACAGCUGGUUUACUUUGUUAGCUGACAAAUGUAAAACGCUAAUCGAUAUUAACGUUACUAGCGGGCUAACCUAGCUUACUAGCCACACAGUAGUUUGUUCUCCGUGCCCUCCAAGUCUUUAGAUGAAGGGCUCGAGCACUGAUGAGCGUCACUCUGUCACAGGUGAAAGGAAACACUGAGAUGCGAGAGUCUUUUCAGGAAGAAGACAAUCCGAGAAACACACUGUGAAUAGCCCAUGGAUCCGGAAGUGUCCGUGAUGCUUCACUGUGCUGCCUCUCAGGGUCUCGAGGAACAUCACAUCCGAGUAGAGAUAUCGACGAGGUUCAACCGCAGAAGCGCUCCUGAGAUUGAGAAGCACAUUGAGGCAGUGUGGAAGGACAGGGUGACUAAAGAGCCAUGGCUUUUCAAUGGGGCCAAGUUCAGACUGCACUCAGCAGAACUAUCCACAUGCAUUCCCAGCACGUCCACAAACUGUGUUGCAGGUGAUGAAGCCGCACACACUUCAAACUCUGAAAUGGCAGAGAGAGAAAACCAGCUGGCAGCUCAGGAGGGGGAGGAAGCCUCCCCCACACCGGUACUAACAUCAUCAGCAAAUGCAGGGUGCUGUAGAGAUACCACAAAGGAAACCCAGAGAGGUGCUAACACAAUCUCAUUAAGAAGGCCUUCAGAGCGCCGGAAAGUGGUGCUCAGCUUACAGCUGGGUUUGACCUGUUAUAAAGACUUUCUGGGAACCAACUGGUCACAGGAGGCUGUGAGCCUGCAGCGACGCGGAGAGGUGGAGUUUGGAGACCCUCAGGCCCUCCUGGCUCAGCCUCUUGGAGUUGGUGCUGUCCUGGUUACCUCAGAUGGACAGGUGAUCCUGCUCCGAAGGAGUCAGAGGGUUGCAGAGGCAGCAGGUCUCUUGGACAUACCGGGCGGUCACCCAGAGCCUAAGGCUGUAUGUCAGGGGGUGAGUGAAGAGGCCAUCAACGUGGAUCUCAUGCAGGGCUGCGAGAGAGCCGUGGUUGCAGAGUUAUUCUCCUCUGUGUGCGCAGAAGUCAGAGAUGAGGUUAAUGUUCCACUCAGCUUCCUCAGUGCACCUGUUCUGAUGGGAAUAGCGCUAAAUCACACCAGCGCAGGGCGACCCAGCGCAGAGUUUUACAUCAGGUGUUCAUUGACGACGGAGGAGGUGAAGGACUAUUACUGGCGUGGAGGUCCAGAAGCUCAUGAAUCUACAGAUAUAGUGUUUCUGAGUAGAGGGGAGAUGCUGCAGUUGGAUGAAAGCGCCUCCUUGUGGUCAGAAUUGUGCCCUUCAGCAAAAGGAGCAGUGCUGCUGUACCAACUAGUUAGGCCUGAUGGAGUUUAAUAUACAUGUAAAUAAAAUGCAAAUCAGUUAUAGAAGCAAAUGAAAAGACAGGUGAGAAUUUACAUAAAUUUAUUUUUCUAUAUGCGUUCACAGCAUGACGCGUUUUCAAGGUUUUUACCAACAUAGCAAAAGGCUUGUCAAAUUUAGUUCGUAUUGUAAAAAUGUAUAAAAUCACUGAUGCAGUUGUCAACUUUUAAAGUUUUAUACUUUCCAGACUGAAUAAAAUUUCCAGUUCAUCUGAA